AUGAAAAAGAAACAAGUCUCUGCCAAUAACCAAUUUCAAUUAGCAACUAUUGAACCAAAUGGACAGGUUCAGAAUUUAUCCGCAACACAAGAUUUGCCAAUGAAAAAAAUCUUUAAUGCUGUGGAUCUAGCAACAAGUUCUGAUCCAACAUUAUUAUUGCCGGAUUAUUUAACAAUAUUGGACAGCAAGCUUAAAGAAAUGUUAUUAACAUCAACGUCAAAUAAUAUUAAUACCGAUACACUUAAUGAAUUAUUGAAUCAGAAAGAAAUAUUAGUAUUUAUUCGUCAACUUACACAACUCGUCAAUAAGUUAAACUAUUCUCAAUUACAAAAUGAACAAUGGUCUUACUAUUAUAAUUUAGGCAUGACAGAAGGUAUCUGGAACGGACGAGUAUCGAAAAAAAUGGCCGAUGCUAACGCAAUGUGUUACACAUAUGGUCGAUCGAAAAUCUUAAUAAAACAACGUCUUGAUAAAUAUAAACUACAAUGUGAACAAGUCCAACAUGCUAUUAAUGAACAUAUGAAACAAGCACCGAUCAUUAUUGAUAUGACAAAUCUUAUGAAUAUGAUAAAUAGUUUAAUACAUAAAGAUCAACAUCAACUUCGUCUUGAACUUGACAGACGAAAAACAAUGCUUCGACUCGAUGCUGAAGAACAUAAACUCGUUGACCAUUUUUACACAUUAAAGCCAAGACAAACAGAGGUAAGCAUGCAAAAUGCUCAAAGAUAUUUGCAAUCCACAUGAAUUUUUAGAUAAAUUCAGCAAAAAUUAUAUGGAAAGCUAUACAUGAUCAACAAACAAUCCUACAUGAAAUUGCGAUAUUUAAAAAGUGGGUUCCACUACACACGCCCGUAUCAUCAUGUACAUUCCAGGAUAUACAAUUGCCAAAUAUAAACCGUAUAUUCACCUCAUUAGCUUUUCACUACCAAACAUUGUCAACCGAACAGAUGGCUCAGCAAACAAUAGUCAGAGCCGAAGACAUCGCACAACACUAUACAAACAUAGCAACAGCAGAGAAAAAUAAACUGCUAUCAACAAGAACUAAUCACAAAAAUGUUCAGCUACUCGACCAAAUCAUUACCACUAUUAUCAUACGUGAAAAUAACAUGCGACAACGUGGUGUAUGUGAACUACAACGAAAACUUACAAUGAUAUUCAAUGAAAAUACAGUCGAGCCAACCGACGACAAACUCAAUAUUCAAAUCAACUAGAACUACACAGAAACUAUAUUGUAUACAUUCAUAAAAACACGUACCCUAUACCAUAUGAAAUACAACUAAAAAAAACUGCAAAAAUAAGAAAAAAACACAUUCUGGAUCCAUAUAAAAAAUUUCUUAUUUCAUUUCAGAUAAUUCUACAACCAAGUGUUCCUCAAAUAUAAAUCCAACCUAUUCGUCCAUUAACAACAGCCGAUCGAACAUCCCGACUUUAGCCAGACGACAUAGAACACAUGUAAUAUCGAAAUAAUCUAAGGUUAUCGCGGUAACUAUAUCACACCCUCAUCGACUUGAGACAAAUUUGAGAGAAUCCGAUGGGCCAUUUUUGACCUGGGUUAUUGACCUGACACUCACCCUUCUUUAAUUGUGGCGGGAACAUUAGUGCGAAGACUCGUUUGCGAUGGAAGCUGAAAAAUGUUUGUAGAAAACGAUAUAAAGGGUCACUUUAGUAACAGAACUCUCAUUGCCGAUUAUGGAACAGUUUUUUCAAAAGACAACUUUUGAAAUCUAAUUUUAUUUAUUUUUGGAAUAUAAUAGCAGAGCGAUCUUUCAUGUGAUUUCAACGGGAAGUGAUGGACACCUUUACUGAGGUAAUUGUACCAGUGCAAAAUAGGUAAAAUUCGAUUAUAUAAUUCGUAAAGCCUUCGACUUCUACCACUUGCGUGAGAUAGUCACGAGAAUCAAGACUAAAGUCAGCUGAUGCAUAAGAAAAAGCUCCAGUAUGAACAAAUUGAUUCUCAACGCCUCCACCAAACCAUGGGUGUAUUGCAUGGCAAUAUUGCCAAUUGGGAGCUAAGUUGCCAGUUUCAAAGCCACCAUUAGAAAUAAUUUCUUUAGCAUCAUCAUUUUGAGCCUUCAUAGAUACAUCGUCAAGGUACCAUUUGCCUUGCUGUGUUAUAAAUUCAAAAGUGAGCAUUGCAGAAGUUGCACCCAUUGGUGUUGCAUAUUGUAUGUAAAAGUGUUUGUAACUGGUAAGCUGCAUUGUCGCGUCUAAAAAUAAGAGCUCGCUCAUUUGAAACGGUGGCGGUAGUUCAGAAGGACAUGAGGGAGUUGGAGGAGGAGUUGACGGCCUGGAUAUUAUCGUCGGUCCAUCAGGAAUUGUCAUGGUUUGCAGAGACGUGGUUUUUGUUGAUAAUUGGACAGCUAGAAGUAUGAGAAUUGGCUGAUGAUAUGCAAAACGUUUUAAUCUACUUUCAGUUUAAGAUUAGUCAUGAUCUUGAAAAGAUAACUCAUUGUCGAGAAUAGCAAUGCGCUUUUAAUUAGAAGACAGAUAAUUUAGAGUUUUUCACUAUUCCAAUGCAAAGUGUAAUCGAAGGUGAAAACUAAUACAUGAUAAAUAGGUAGAAACAUGGAAGUUUGUCAAAUAUAGAUUUUGAAAGUUUUUUGUUUUUCUGCAGAUAACUCCAAGGAAAGUUUUCAUUUUGUUGAGUUGUUCCAAUGAUUCCGAUAGCAUCUGGCUCAAUAGACUGUAACCUUUUACAAUUAUGUACUCUUCUCGACGGUAAUGGAUUAAUGAAGCUACUCUGCUACGAAAUGUCUUGUUCAGAAUUAUUUAGACUGUGAACACAAUCUAUCGGCACUUAUUCAGGCAGUGAAGUUCUGUAGCCGACCAAAAAAAGACUAGGAAAAGCAUCGCAAAUCAUUUAUCAUAUUCACGGCUGUUUUGGUAUUCAUUUCAACGAAUGUAGUACAAAAAGAACAGUCUCGAUCGAGUACUUUUACUAUAAAACACGUUCAACUUCGCUUUUUUUUCACACUAAAAUUCAUCUUUCUAAAUACCCUUAUUUCAACUGUUAGUCAUAAAAAUAAUCCUUUUCAGCGUAAAACCAUGCGGAAACAUUAUAGUAUCUGACAGCAACAAUUAUCUAUUUCGGACGACUCCAAGGGGAAAAAAGCGGAUCCUGGUCGAUCCUGGGAUCCACCAGGAUCCAUUAGGAUCCGCUAGGAUCCAUACGAUCCACC